AGCUCGUUAUACGUAGCUUGAGGUUUAUUUACAUUCAAAGUCAAGCAACAGUAUGGGAAAUGGCGGGAAAAGGUUUUUAAAAAAAGGCUUCACACGGAAUAUCCGGUCGUGUCAUUAUUUUUUUGAGUUUUUGAGGAACCGAAACAAAAAGUCUCGAUUUCCCAACCAUGCUGAACCGGAUUCUCCUCAAACGAUCAGCUCCUUCACUCUUCUCUAACAAAUUAACAAUGUCUCAAUCAACAUCAAGAAUCGCUCAAGUAUCAAGACACUUGUCUUCCGCUGCUGCUGCCCUUGCACCAAAAGCAGUCGCUGGUGCCAUUGACCAUAAGCUUUGUAUGAUCCCAGGUCCUAUCGAGUUCCACGAGGAUGUACUCAAAGCCAUGGCUACCCCUGCCACCUCCCACGUUGAUCCAUUGUUUAUCCCUAUCUUUGGUGAAUCCAUUGAGCUCUUGCGCAAAGUCUUGAUUACUGAAUCCGCACAGCCUUUUGUUGUCUCGGGAUCUGGUACCCUGGGAUGGGACAUGAUGGUUAAUUUGAUCGAAAAGGGCGACAAGGCUUUGGUUUGCAAUACAGGCUAUUUUGGAGACCGAUUCGGCGAAUGUCUGCAAGUCUAUGGUGCCGAUGUCACAAACCUCAAGGCUCCUAUUGGCGGACGACCUACCCUUCAAGAAAUUGAAAAAGCUCUGCGAGCUGAUAAGUACAAAAUGAUCACCGUCACCCACGUCGAUACCAGUACCGGUGUUCUCUCUGAUAUCAAGGCCGUUGCUGAAUUGACUCGACGUGUAUCUCCCGACACACUUGUUGUUGUUGAUGGUGUGUGCUCCGUUGGUUCCGAGGAGAUUCGAUUCGACGAGUGGGACCUUGAUGUUGUCAUCACCGGUUCUCAAAAGGGACUCGGUGUCCCUCCCGGUCUUUCUAUUGUUAUUGCCAGUCAGAGAGCUUUGUCCACUUUCCAAAACAGAAAGUCUCCCAUUGCCAGCUAUUUUAGCAACUGGCAAAGAUGGUUGCCUGUGAUGCAGGCUUAUGAGUCCCGCAAGCCCUCCUAUUUCGCUACCCCAGCCGUUCAAUUGAUCUAUGCUUUGAACGCAUCUCUCAAACAUAUUACAUCUGAGCCAAUGGAAGUCCGGUUCGAAAAGCACGCAAAGGCUUCUCAAGACUUCAAGCAGUUCAUCACUGAUAUCGGUCUUAAGCAGCUUGCUGUUUCUCCUCAGGGUGCUGCCAACGGUAUGACCGCUGUCUACUACCCUAAGGGCGUCCAGGGACCCGAGCUCGUUUCAUCUAUGGCAAAGAAGGGUGUCCAAAUUGCUGGAGGUCUUCACGAGCAAAUUGCUGCUCAGUACUUCCGCGUUGGUCACAUGGGCAUUUCCGUCACUGAGCCUGGCCGUAACCACAUUGAAAAGGUGGUGGAUGCUUUGAAGGCUUCUCUUGGUGAGCAAGGUUAUGUCGCCAAAUAAAUCAUAGACAGUUAGCACACUCCAAAGUGUCGCUUCCCUCAUUGUAGAAAAGAAUAAAACAAUUUUAAUACUGAAAAAAUG